AGUUCGAUCCCAAAAAUGAGAAAAACCCCAACAUGUUGAACCAGUUGCUGGUUAAACCAGCUCAACGAAACUUAAACACUUCCCGAUUCCGUCUUCCCCUCGCAACCCUCACCACCGUACCCGAAUCUCCACCACCUCCCAUCGACGCCACCGUUGCAAAACUCGUCCUCGAAUCAGAUCCAAAAACCCUCUCCCAAACCCUUUCAAAUCCCACCUUCCAAUGGACCCCACUUCUCGUCGACAACAUUCUCAAACGCCUCUGGAACCACGGUCCCAAAGCCUUGCAAUUCUUCAAACACCUAGACCGCCAUCCAACCUACAUCCACUCCAUCUCCUCCUUCGAACACGCCGUCGACAUCGCCGCCCGGUUACGUGAAUACAACACUGCUUGGGCCUUAAUGGGCCGUAUGCGGGCCCUCCGUCUCGGCCCAACUCCCAAAACCUUUGCAAUCCUUGCUGAACGCUAUGCAACCGGUGGAAAAGCUCAUAAGGCUGUGAAAGUGUUUUUGUCGAUGCACGAACACGGUUGUCAUCAGGAUUUGAAUUCUUUCAAUACUAUCCUUGAUGUUCUAUGCAAGACGAAGCGCGUUGAAAUGGCGAAUAACUUGUUUAAAACGCUUAGAGGUAGGUUUAAAUGUGAUAGUGUUAGUUAUAAUAUAAUGGCGAAUGGUUGGUGUUUGAUUAAGCGAACGCCAAUGGCGUUGCAGGUUUUGAAGGAGAUGGUGGAGAGGGGGGUUGAUCCGACAAUGGUUACUUAUAAUACAUUGUUGAAAGGCUAUUUUAGGUGUGGGCAAUUGAAUGAAGCUUGGGAGUUUUUUUUGGAGAUGAAGAAGAGGAAGUGUGAGAUUGAUGUGGUUACUUAUACCACUAUGGUUCACGGAUUUGGUGUUGCUGGUGAGGUUAAGAGAUCGAAGAGGGUUUUCGAUGCGAUGGUGAAAGAGGGUUUGGUUCCUUCUGUUGCUACUUAUAAUGCUUUAAUUCAGGUUUUGUGUAAGAAGGAUAGUGUGCAGAAUGCUUUGUUGGUUUUUGAUGAGAUGGUGGGGAAAGGGUGUGUGCCUAAUUUGACUACUUAUAAUGUUGUUAUAAGAGGCUUGUGUCAUUCGGGUGAAAUCGAGAGAGGUGUGGAGUUUAUGAAGAGAAUGGAGGAAAAUGGGUGCAUGCCAAGUGUUCAGACAUACAAUGUCGUGAUACGUUAUUAUUGUGAUGAAGGGGAACUUGAAAAGGGUUUGGAGUUGUUUGAAAAGAUGGGGAAUGGGACUUGCUUGCCCAAUUUGGAUACUUAUAAUAUUCUGAUUAGUGCCAUGUUUGUGAGGAAGAAAUCCGAGGAUUUGGUGUUGGCUGGGAAGUUGUUGAUAGAGAUGGUUGGUAGAGGUUUCUUGCCGCGUAAGUUUACUUUUAAUCGGGUGUUAAAUGGACUUGUUCUAACAGGGAAUCGAGAAUUUGCAAAUGAGAUAUUAAGAAUGCAAAGCAGGUCUGGCCGUGUUCUUCGUCAUGUGAAAUUGUGAUAACGUUUGGAUUUGGUUCUUGAGAACAGCCAUUUCUGUUUCUGUUGUCAUUCCCUGCAUUAUGCGUAUUAUGAACUGGUUUUAGGCUCGAAAAUGUCUUCUCAAGUUUGAGAACUAAAAUCAAGUCUUUCAUGGGAAAAGGGAAAAUCAACGUGCGAGUGAUGCAAGUUCCACAGUAUUUGAAAAAUAAUUCAUCUUUGGCGCAGCAAUUGGUUUGACAUUUGGCCAUGCAGUUUAAUAAUUGAGGGUUGAAGAACUCCCUAAUUCACUGCUGUUCAAUGAGAAAGUAUCCAUGGUAAACUUUUGGCAAAUGUCUAAAAUGGAACAUGGUUUGAGCUUCAAAAAAUCUUUCUACUUAUUUUUAUAGUCCUGGUUGCUUUCUUGUUUGAGAUUAAUCUGAUUGCAACCUAAAUUCAUGAGAACUAAGAAGUCCUUUACACCCCAUUCAGUGGUUGUAAGCUGUGAUUUGAUGCUUAUCAGCUUAUAUUUAUAAGUAUGCUGCUAGCAUUGUCAAAUACCAUUGUAUUUAGCCUCUUCAAUUCUGAACAAACCAUCUUUGAAGUCUAACUGGUUUUAGGAUUCUUUAGAUUCUAUAUACUUCCUGGCUCCUGGCGAUAACAAUUAUGGCCGCCUAUUGUAUGUUGAAGUAUGAGCUGGUAGAUCAGCAGAAGAGCGCUGUACUGAAGAGAGCUAUUUGUGGUUGCUUCUGUUGUAAGUCAUCACAGCAAUUACAGUUAGUUUGCUUGCGGUUAGUUUUGCAAGUUGUUGCUAGCUAGAUAGCUCUAUGUAGUUAGAAAGUAGUUACAGUUAGUUAGAGCCAGUGUUCAUAACCUGUGCCUUCCAUUAUGAGUAAAAAAAAUAAAAUUAAUCAAAAGCUUUUUCAGAAUUUUCUAUC